AUGGCGAAUCUCGAGUCGCUUCCUUCUGAUCUUUUGUACGAGAUAUUGUUAAAAAUAUCUUCAAACUCGUAUGCGGAUCUUUGUCUUGCAAAAGUUUCGUCCAAAACACUUAACAACAUCUCUAACGAAGCGGGUUUUCUUAGGAAUGUUGAUUUAAUCAACAUUAUCUUGCCGUGGAAGUGGGAUGUUCAUGGAAGGGUCGGUGCAUUCUUCAGUCGGUGCUUGGCAGCAGGAAAUCCAUCCGCACAAUUGCGAAGAGGUUUAUCGCUGAUUUUCUUCGAACACAACCUCCAAGCAGGGUGUGAUUUCAUUCAAAUGGCAUCAGACAACGGAUUUCUCAUGGGUAAGUACUGCCACACUAUGUUACAUCUAACCAUGGAUGGCACAUCAGAGGUAUUCAACUCUGUUACAGCUCUCUCCCGGGAAGAUGCAAAGAAAAUGAGAUUGACAAUGGAAAAGAUCUGCAUGCCUGCGUUCAAUUUCCAGAAGCCCGAGGAAUUGGUGGAAAUGGUUUUCCAGGCUUAUAAAAAGUCUUUAAGUACAAGGAUUUGUGGUUGUCUCAAAGUACCAGACAUGCAAUGGAUGGGAGAUGAAUACCUGCUAGAGACGUAUGGGGAUCAAUUUUGUGAAUCCUGCUUUUGGAAAUUGGAGUGUGCCAAUUUCUGGUGGGUAGUACCGUCGUUUGCUAUGGAUUGGCCACGUUUUUUGCAUCAGUAG